AUGCAAUACACUGUAAAACUCGCCAAAACUGAGAUGAGGAGGCUGUCUACGUUGCAGAGCAGCAAGACCGUACUUGUUGAUGCCGAUCUUGGCAGCACCGGCGGGGACAAGGCGAGCGGAAGGUACCGGCGCGGGCGGGGACGAGGGCGAGCGGACGGCAGGCGGCACCAGCGCGGGCGGGGGCGAGCAGAUGGCACCGGCGCGGGCGGUGACGGGGGCGAGCGGUUGGCAGGCGGCAUCGGCAGGGACGGGGGCGAGCGGACGACAGGCGGCACCGACGGGGACGAGGACGAGCGGACAACACCGGAGCGGCCGGGCACAGGCCGCGGCUGCGCGAGACGGGGGCGGGCCGAGCUGGCGAGUUUGCGAGCGUGGGAGGCGUGGGAGAAAGUGUCCUCCGACGAUGUGUUUUCAGUGGGACGAGACAUUUCCGUCGACAACGAAGUUCCUCGCCCGAUCGCUAUGGAGGAUAAGAGAUUGGGAAAGAAGGGAUUCGACCUCUCGUCUCUCAGAAUCAACGACGACGAGAUCCCGACGGAGGAGGACGAGUACUCCUCCUCCUCCUCCUCCUACUACUCGGACGAUGAUGACGAGGAGGACGAUGACGACGACCAGGAAGUGGAGGACGUCCGGUCGCCUACCCACCCCCACGAUCUGGACUCUUUUCCCCAGUCGAUCCUUCUCGACGUAGAUGCCUACAUCGACGACCGCAUCAACGCCACCACCGCCGAUGCCCCCUUCUUUAAGGACCACCGCAUCCGGGUUACCUUCUGGAUCGCCCACCCGCCGCGCGUCUCCUGCUUCACGGUCCACUCCAAUGGGGUGGAACCCCGCGAGUUCACCAAUACUCCCUUGGUCAUCGCCGCCGAGGACGACCUGGUCCUCCUCCGCGCCGCCGUUGGCCCUCAGAAGCACCUCAGCCCCACCGGUUACAUCAAUCAUUACUAUGUCUACCAGGCCGGCACCAAGCCAACUCUUCGCCGGCUCGCCGACGCCAACUCCUUCGUCUUUGCCGACCGCUCAGCGGGCAUUGUGCGCCGUGAUGACGACAGUUAUAUCAUCGCCGCCAUCCACUGGGCAGGCGUCCACGGGCAGUAUGACCUCCACCAAUUUGACUCCAGGACUUGGACAUGGAGCACCAGGCUGAUGCAUGUUGAUAAACCAGAGAGAUUCUCGCGCAUUCUUACAAGCAAGGUGCUGGUUAUCGGAGGCAAAGAUGGUCUGGUGGCCUGGAUCGACGUAUGGAACGGCAUUCUGUUCUGUGAGGUGUUCACCGGCCGCACUGUUCUUCGGUACUGCCCGUUGCCGCCGCCUUUGAACAAGAGGCACGAAGGCGCCCCACAGUGUGCUCGAGACAUUGCCAUCGUGGAAGGCCAUAUCAACUUCUUUGAGAUGCGGGUGAAGUUCAAACGGCGCCAAGUAGCCUUCAACGCCACUUUGACUACCAAAUAUUUCGAAGCCACCACAUGGAAAAUGAUGGAGCCGUGGCAGAACUGGCAGCAGGAUCGCACACUCGAUUUGUUCAAGAUACAAGUGGACCAGAGUUAUUGUGUAUUGCUUGAUGACGUACUGGAUGGUCAGGGAACUCGGACUGCCUUUGAGAAACUCGAGGGAGGUCACCCUGUUCUGAGCCUGCAUGAUGGUGAUGUUGUUUACAUCAUGGCCAAGGCUAAAGAGAUGAGCCGAAGGGCAGUUGUGUUUGCUGUGAACAUGAGGAACAAGGCCGUACAAGGAGUGGCUAAAUUUGAUGGAAAAAGAACAUGUGGUUUCAGUCACACCUACCUUCAAUGUGGGAUCUCCAGCUAUCUUACCGCUGAGGCGUCUGCCAGUUACAGAUGGAAAACUAUAGAUGGAACUCCACAGCGAGGUUAUUACAUAGCUUUGGAACCUAUUGAUAACAGGUGCAAGGGGAAGGCUGCUGAAUCAAGCAGGGAUCGAAUCACACAAGCAGGUGACGUAUCCGAAAGCAAUGCUGCUAACUCAGGCUGGGUUCGAGUUUCAAGGGGGCGCAAGCAGAAAGCUUGACAAACAGUAAAUAGCUUAUGUGAUCAUCAGAAAGCAACUAAUGGUCAGCUGUCAAGAUUAUUUUUCAAGAUGUAGCGUGUGAGCUCAUAAAUACUGCAUUUGAUAACUGUUCUUCAUAAGUACGGCGGUUUUCCCCCUUUUCGGAUGACAUGAUACACAGUGGCUUAAUAAACAGUUAAAUCAUGUUGGGUUUUCAUUUAAA